ACAUUUUCUUGCAGAAAACAAAUAAAGUAUGAGCACAUCGAUAACCAGCAGUAGUAAUUUAACUGACACGACGUUAAAUGUCACUACAACCGUCAUACCCACAACAACAAUUGCAAGUGCUUUGGUAAAUACUACAACAACAUCAUCAGUUAAAUUGAAUUUUAUGCCACAAAUGUCCGCCGCUGCCGCGCCCAUCGAUCCUUUAAGCCAUGUGGGUGAUGGUAUAUUUCUACACAAAACCGCUCAAGGUUUAGCUGGUAUAUUCGUUUGGGCAGCUUUGUUUAUCACAUGCCAACAGAUUUAUCAACAUUUACGUUGGUAUACAAAUCCCCAAGAGCAACGUUGGAUUGUACGAAUUUUGUUUAUUGUACCCAUAUAUGCAACAUAUUCCUGGAUAAGUUUAUUAUUUUUUAAUUCUGACAAUGUAUAUGUGUACUUUUUCACCGUACGAGAUUGUUAUGAAGCUUUUGUCAUUUACAAUUUCCUUUCGCUAUGCUAUGAAUAUCUGGGUGGUGAAGGCAAUAUAAUGUCUGAAAUUCGUGGCAAACCUAUUAAGACAUCUUGCCUUUAUGGUACAUGUUGUUUAAAGGGUAAAACCUAUACAAUAGGAUUUUUACGUUUCUGUAAACAGGCCACCUUACAAUUCUGUUUGGUUAAACCAUUGGUUGCAUUCAUUAUUAUAUUUUUGCAAGUAUUCGGACAUUAUCAUGAUGGCGAUUGGAGAUCCGAUGGCGGUUAUAUUUAUAUUACUCUCAUUUAUAACAUUUCGGUUUCAUUGGCGUUAUACGGUUUAUAUUUGUUUUAUUUUGCCACCCGUGAUUUAUUAACACCCUUCGAACCUGUGUUGAAAUUCUGUACCAUCAAAUCGGUGAUUUUCUUAUCAUUUUGGCAGGGUGUUGGUUUGGCUAUUUUGGAAAAGGCAAAAGUUAUUUCACCAAUUGUUGACAACGCUGGCACUGUUACUUCGGCUGGUACCGUAUCGGCUGGUUAUCAGAAUUUCUUUAUUUGUAUUGAAAUGUUAUUUGCUGCAAUUGCUUUACGUUAUGCCUUUCCUUAUCAGGUUUACGCCCGCAGUUGUAUUGGCGACGGGCAUGGUCGUUCAGUAACCAUGCAAUCAAUUUCCAGCAGUCUUAAAGAAACCAUGAAUCCUAAAGAUAUUAUGACAGAUGCUAUACACAAUUUCCAUCCACAGUAUCAACAAUACACUCAAUAUAGUUCCGGUAAAAAUUCCCGAGGCAUACGUGUAUCAUCAUAUGAUCCCGACGAUGUUAGUAACAGCAACCAGGGUAAUGUAAAUGCCAGCCUAACACAGGGUAGUCAAAAUUCCACACUGGGUUGUAUGGCGUCGAAGACAUUGGGCAACCAGCGUAAAUUUAUGCCCGGCGGUCAAAGGGUGGCCACAAUAAGUCAAAAUUAUAAUGAAAAAUCCAUGUUGUUAAGCAGUGAUGAUGAGUAUCAGUAAGAUUUUUUGAGAUUGUUUUUAUUUAUUAAAAAUAAUAUUUAUACAUAUAGAAAUGAAUAUUAUCUUAAAUAGAAAAGAAUCAUGAUGAUAGAAAUCAUUGUUAUUAUAAAAAAUAUCUAAUUUGUAAGUAUAAAUAAAUAUGUUAAAGUUUUUAA